AUGCUGCUGGAGCACACCUGCCUGAGAGUGCCAACAAGUCAUAAGGAUGUUUCCAACCCACCGGUGCAACAGACAGACGGUCAGUUGGAGUCAGGGACCAUCAGGGCAGCUCCCAGGGAUUUUCUGAGAGCUGAUGUAGAUGAAGCAGGAAGAGGGGCAGGAGAUGUCUGCCCCCACUCCUUUGGCGGCACGGGCAAAAAGGGGCAGCUGGACACUUGUGGCUGUGGACAGGAGCUGCUGCAGCUGAAGCUGGAGAGGCCAAAACCAGGUAAAGCAGCUGAAGCUGGAGAGGCCAAAACCAGCCAGCUGAGUCCUACUAACAUCCACCAGAAUAAUUUUGGGGCUUCUCCCACCAGCAGCAGCAACUCAGGCUCAUACAAGGGAAGCGACAGCAGCCCAGCGAUGAGGCCAUCAGGGAGAUACUCUUCUUUGGGUGACAAUUACAACGUUAAGCCACAAAAUCCAGAGCAGCAUUUGACUCCUCUGCAGCCGAAAGACAUUCUGAUACAGCACUUGAAAAGAAAGCUGCAGGAAUCUGAGAGCAAACUUAAAGAAAGGGAAACAGAAGGCCUCAAAGCUCAGCUGGGACGGAUGAAGGACGAGUGGCUUGAACAAGAAUGUAUUCGUGUGGAGGUGGAGCUGGCCUGCUGGGAAGCAAGAAAGGAAGUUAAAGACCUCAAGAAGAUUAAUGAAAGCUUGCAAAAGAGAUUGGCUGAGAAAAUUGAAAAGAUUCAGAAAUAUUGCCUGGACAGAAGCAGUGUAAACAAGCGACUGAAAUAUUUGCCUGCUACUCUUACACUGGCUCAGAACAGGGCUGUGUUAGAGGCGCAGGUCCCGAAGUACACCUGUGAGUGGGAGGGGAAGCCAUCAGCAUUGAGUGCCACGGUGCCAACCAGCCUCAUCCCAGAGGACCAAGCUCUGGAGAAGGCAGCAGACAGCGGGCUUAGUGAGAACACAGCUCACGAGACUGAUUCCUUUGAAGAGAGUUUGACCACCACAACCUCUGAGCUGAGCGAUCCACCUCCCUCCCCUUCUGCUGUGAAGCCAGAGGCACUUGAAAAUGUUGCAGAUGGAAAACUCAUUUCUUCCCAGGAGAAGGAGAAAAUCAGCACCGUGAUGGUGAAACAGUCCAGCCACACUGACAUGAUGGUAGCAGAUAGCCUCGAUGUGGAGCAGCCCGUUCAGAACAUCGACAGAACUCAACAUGCCUGUCCUCUAAGCCCACUUGCUUUGGGGAAGGAAUCGGGAGAAAUUUCUGUUGGAAGCCUCGGUGGUUCUGGUGUCAUAGUGGACUUAACUCCAAAUGAUCCAAACUUGGCCAUCCUUUUGUCUCCUACAGUGUCUCCAUGCAGGAAGGUGGAGCACAGAGUGAAGGAAAACCAGUUUGUGAAAGAACGAGAUUUCCCAGAACCUGAUGAGGAUGAAGCCCUGGGGUAUGUCCAUACCAUCUCUCAGACAGGACGUAAGAGACCACGACACAAGAGCCGUCUCCUCAGCGGUCUUCUGGCUGUAGCUGUUGGCCUGGCUGGUUCGCUGCGCAAACGUGCAAGCUCUUUGCACUGGCUUAAAGGUGGCACGAGACACGCACCGGAACAAACGGCCCGAGAACCACAUGUAGGAUGCCCAUGUAAACAACCGGUGGGGAGUAAACAGAUGCCCGAAAAUCAUGGCAUUCUGUCCAAAGGCUCUGGCCAUAAUUCUGGCUUCCAUGCACCCCGACUGUCCUAA